AACAAAUCCUUACAAAAAAAAAAUAUAUAUAUAUAUAUAUUAAAAUCAUUGGUUAACAUCUUCUUCUCUUCUUUCUUAUAGCCAUCUCACUCCCAAUGGAGCAUAGGCCAUCCACAAUACUUUUUCCAUCUGUCCCUGUCCUGGGCUAUCUUUGCUAGUUCAGCCCAGCUUGACUUCAUUCUCUUCACCUCUGUCUCUACUCCUUUCUUCCACGUGGCUCUUGGUCUUCCUCUUUUCCUGGUACCUUGAGGAUUUCAGUUCAGGGCCUGUCUUGUGAUGUUAGUGCUUGAUUCCCUUAAUGUUUGCCCUAUCCAUCUCCAUUUCUCAAUUUUCUCUUCUUUUCCACCGGGACACUUGAUGUUCUUUCCCAAAGGACAGUGGUACGAAUUUUGUCAAACCAUCUUAUUUUGAGGAUCCUCCGCAAGCAUCUGUUUAUAAAAACCUUCAUUUUUUUUAUUUUAGUUUUUGUUGUUCUCCAAGUUUCACAGCCAUACAAAAAAGUGUCUUGACAAUUGAGUCAAAUAUUUGUAACUUUGUCUUUGUCAGUAUUUCACUUGGUUAACAUAGGUCAGUGCUAAGAGACUAAAACAUCAAGGAAAUGAUGCAUUAAGUAGCAAGUCUUCCUUGGUUUGACAAAUCUUAAUAAAUAAAUGUAUGUAUUUUAUUCGUAUAUUCCAGUUAUAAUAAACUUUAGGCAUCAGAAUGAUUUUCCUGGUCGUCUUCGCGGUUUUCUGCCUUGGUGCACUGGAGGCUAGGCCGAGUCUUCCUAUUGUAAGUGCUGUUGGAUAGUUGGCAUUAGAGCAGUGGUUCUCAACCUUCCUAAUGCCGCGACCCUUUUUUACAGUUCCUCAUGUUGGGGUGACCCCCAACGAUAAUUUAUUUUCCUUGCUGUUAAUAAAAUAUGUGUUUUCCGAUGGUCUUAGACGACCUCUGUGUAAGAGCCGUUCGACCCCCAAAGGGUCACGACCCAUAUGUUGAGAACCGCUGGCCUAGAGUUUAGAUUAACAAGAAUUUGAAGUUAACAGUCACUUGCCUCGAGGUGAUGCUGACUUUUUACUGGAUAUCAGUUGAGCAGAAUUUUUUUUAUAGAUGAACAAGAAAGGCAAGGAGGUUAUUGCUAUGACAUGAUCUCGGCAUCGCAAGCUUAGCAGUCUCCCAGAUAAUUUAAUUACAAAACUUUAGUAACAUUUUUAAAGAAGCUUAAUUAUAGACCAUUACAUCCUCUCGAACCCUUAGGGAAACAAAACUGUAAUAUUUUAAAUAACAAAGGUGAUUUUUUUUCGUCAGAAUGGACAGUUGAAUAUCUUCAACCCACCAGACAAAAGGGCCAUAAGUCUGGCCGAAUUCAUCUUACAGAAUCCAAAUCUAAAUAUCUUCAACCCACCAGACAAAAGGGCCAUAAGUCUUGCCGAAUUCAUCUUGCAGAACCCAAAUCUAAAUAUCUUCAAUCCACCAGACAAAAGGGCCAUAAGUCUUGCCGAAUUCAUCUUACAAAACCCAAAUCUAAAUAUCUUCAACCCACCAGACAAAAGGGCCAUAAGUCUGGCCGAAUUCAUCUUGCAGAACCCACCUCUCAACGUAUUUAAUCCACCAAACAAACGAGAGGUAAUGAUUACAUAAAAAAGAGAACAUCAUUUUUGUAAGCAAGUGCAACUUAUAUUUUGAAAACGAUGCUCAACAAUAUAUGAAUGAUCAAUGCAUUGAUCGCGUGCCCUCAAAAUAUAGAAGAAGAUGAAAUAUUUUUUUUUAAAGGAAAGUCAACAUAAUUAAGUUUCAUUCUUGUUCACAAUGCUUUGGGCUAGCUUUUCGAACAACAAGACAGUGUUCAGUAUAUUUAGACCACCACAUCAAUUUUUUACACGAAUAUCAAAGGUACCAAGGUAACAAAGAUAUUAUAUGAAUGGUGUUGCUUUAUCACUAUAUUGAAUUUUAAUUUUUUUAUUUUUUUUUAAAAAAAGCUCUUUAUUUUCUCAAGCGGUAAAAUAUAUUUAUUGAAAAAGUUAUUGACAAUAAUUACUCUUUUGAUAAUGCGCUUUUUAAUGCUAAAAAAUGUAUACUUCUACAUCACAUCCGCAGGUUUCAGAAGACGUCCAAGAUAUAGUUCUCACUGAGCCUUUGAAAGAUCUGCUCCUCAACCCUUUGUUUUUUACCAGCAAGAAAAGUGUGCAGCCAGUGUUCAAUUUUAACUGGACCAAAAUUUUAGAAGAACUCCCACUGGUUGUGAGUAGAAAGAGUGAGGCAAGUAAAAGGGGAAUAUUUAAUGGGCAAUAACGUUGAUUUUCCCCCCCAACUUCCACUUUCUUCUUGGCAGAUAUAGAGAGCCCUCUAGGAUUUCAUAUGUGGUUUGGGUAAGAUUUUAAUGCCCCCCAAACUGCCUUAGUCAGCUAAAAAUUUUAAUUCGUGCCUGUAUCGAAGUUCAAAUUAAAUUUUACUGGUACCUAGAUAUAUUUCUGUCUUAUAUACCUAUGAUUCCUUUUUUUUUUUUAAAUAACAGAAGUUUAAACCAAAUUUUGAAAAGCUAAUGGCUAAUGGGAUCUUAAAAACAAAUGACUAACAUAAAAAUACUAGGACUUAUUACAUUUUAUACAUUAUUUCUUUUCUAACAUAUUUCUGCAAAUUAAAAAUUUUUAUUUCUAAUUUUUAAAAAUAUUUGAUUAUUUUGAUUUGUUAGAACUAUUUUAAAUAUGUUUAUGUUAAAAAAAUAUCAUUUAAUUACUACCAAUAUUGUUAAAAUACAUUCGCAUUUUUGUGUUUAGUAAAUGUUUUUAAUUUCUAACUCAACAACUGUUAAGGCUAUGGCCAUUUGUUUCGAAAACUUGUUCGAAUUCUUGGUAUCCUUGAGAUCGUUCGAAAACUACGUCACGCAAAAAAAUGACCUUUUAAGACAACCCUCCCCUUUAGUAAAUGUUUUUAAUUUCUACCUCAACAACUGUUAAGGCUAUGGCCAUUUGUUUCGAAAACUUGUUCGAAUUCUUGGUAUCCUUGAGAUCGUUCGAAAACUACGUCACGCAAAAAAAUGACCUUUUAAGACCCCCCUCCCCCUGUCACAAAGUGUCACGAAUUCUUCAGCCCCCCCCCCCUUUUUUUUAGUGUCACGUCACACCUAAACAAAAAUCAAAACAUACAUAAAGUUUUCAUAACUAAAUUAAGAUUUUAUUUUACUCUUUAACAUUUUCCCAUAAUGGAUUAAGAUUAAAAUUUAGUAUUAUUAGAAUCUGUUACGCGAAACAAUGAAGUAAUCCCCGCGGUGAAUGUAAAAUGGCCAUAACAGGUUUUGCGCCGAAGGUGUGCGCGACUGAGAUUCACAUUACCUAUAAUACCUGAGGCAAUUUCAACCUCAAAUUAAUGUUGUUGUUUUUUUUUUAAUUAAUUGAAUAAAGAUUUUUCAAAAUUACAAAAUUUUAGAUUAAAAAUAAAUAAAUUGUGACGUCACAAAAUUUUGACCCCCUCUCCCCCUAUCACAAAGUGUUACACAUUCUCACCCCUCCCCCCUUUUUCCCCCGUGAGCGUGACGUAAUUUGCGAACGACCCGAAUUUUCACAAGGCGCUCUAUUUGAAGGAAAAAUAAACCUGAGGUAAUUAAUGCAAUUAAUCUAAUUGUAUUUAGUGGAAUGGAUAGGCCUGGCAGCAGCUAUAACUUAGUGGGUUAUUGAUUUAAUCAGGGUCUGCUAGAGGUCACGUGAAAUACAAUUAAAUUUAAAAUUGAAAUACAAAAAUGAAAAUCUAGCAUUAUUUCCUGAGGUAUGGAGUCAUUAUAGAGGCUGCUUCCACUUAUUUCUCCAUGUUCCGCUGCAUGUGCUGCUCCAUGUGCUGUUACAUGUGUUACUCCAUGUUUUGCUCAAUGUGCUGCUCCAUGUGCUGCUCCAUGUGCUGCUCCAUGUGCUGCUCCAUGAGCUGCUCCAUGUGCUGCUCCAUGUGCUGUUCCAUGUGCUGCUCCAUGCGUUGCUCCAUGUGCUGCUCCAUGCGUUGCUCCAUGCGUUGCUCCAUGCGUUGCUCCAUGUGCUGCUCCAUGCGCUGCUCCAUGAGCUGCUAUUUUCGUAGCAGAUUGAGCCCAUUUUGUAAAAUAUGAUGAAAUUACAUUUUUAAUUAUUAUUAUUUUUUUUAUGAAUGUUUCUCCUUGUCAAGUUUAAGCAAACUCAUGUUAAAAUAAUAUUACGAACUAGGCAACGCCAAUCUAAAAGAAUUUCUUCAGGAAAAAAAUCAUUAGAAAUGAUAAAAUAGCCUUUUUAUAAAGAACUUUGAUUCUCCUUUCUAACUUGUUCACGUUUACUUUCUAUACUAAAAAAUAAACACUGCUACCUCCGCAGGUUUCAGGAGACGUCCAAGAUAUAGUUCUCACCGAGCCUUUGAAAGAUCUGCUCCUCAACCCUUUGUUUUUUACCAGCAAGAAAAGUGUGCAGCCAGUGCUUAAUAUUAACUGGACCAAACUUUUAGAAGAACUCCCACUGGUUGUGAGCAGAAAGAGUGAGAAUAUUAAAAAAGCAGUGAUUGAUUGGAAUAGCUUGCCCCAAAUUCCACUUCUUUUGAGCAAGAAAAGUGAAAGGGAUGUAAUUGAUUGGAAAAAUAUCAUUUUGCCCGAACUCCCACUUCUUUUAAGCAAGAAAAGUGAAAGGGAUGUAAUUGAUUGGAAAAAUAUCAUUUUGCCCGAACUCCCACUUCUUUUAAGCAAGAAAAGUGAAAGGGAUGUAAUUGAUUGGAAAAAUAUCAUUUUGCCCGAACUCCCACUUCUUUUAAGCAAGAAAAGCGAAAGGGAUGUAAUUGAUUGGAAAAAUAUCAUUUUGCCCGAACUCCCACUUCUUUUAAGCAAGAAAAGUGAAAGGGAUGUAAUUGAUUGGAAAAAUAUCAUUUUGCCCGAACUCCCACUUCUUUUAAGCAAGAAAAGCGAAAGGGAUGUAAUUGAUUGGAAAAAUAUCAUUUUGCCCGAACUCCCACUUCUUUUAAGCAAGAAAAGCGAAAGGGAUGUAAUUGAUUGGAAAAAUAUCAUUUUGCCCGAACUCCCACUUCUUUUAAGCAAGAAAAGCGAAAGGGAUGUAAUUGAUUGGAAAAAUAUCAUUUUGCCCGAACUCCCACUUCUUUUAAGCAAGAAAAGCGAAAGGGAUGUAAUUGAUUGGAAAAAUAUCAUUUUGCCCGAACUCCCACUUCUUUUAAGCAAGAAAAGUGAAAGGGAUGUAAUUGAUUGGAAAAAUAUCAUUUUGCCCGAACUCCCACUUCUUUUAAGCAAGAAAAGCGAAAGGGAUGUAAUUGAUUGGAAAAAUAUCAUUUUGCCCGAACUCCCACUUCUUUUAAGCAAGAAAAGUGAAAGGGAUGUAAUUGAUUGGAAAAAUAUCAUUUUGCCCCAAUUGGAAGAUAUUUUAAGCAGAAAUAGUGAGGCUUCUAAGAGGUCAAAUGUAGAUUGGGCAAGCCUUUUAUUGCCCCAAACUGCGCUAGUCAGCUAAAGAAAGAAUUGCGUAAAAAGGCAUUCUGUAACGAAGUUAAAAUAUUUCGUUGAACCUAAAUACGUUUAUUUUUUUUUUUUAAAUUAUUGAUGUUUUUAUUUAAGUUAUACUGUAUCAUUUAAGAUGAUUAUUUUAUUUAAAACACUUCUAAAAUGUUACAUUGCUAUUUUUGGCUUCAUUUCUUUUUAAUUGUGAUACAAAUGGAACAUAUUUUCUUAGAAAUUUUUAUUAUGUUUUUCUUUGUUCGUUUUUCUUUUAAGUUGUUGUAGAGACGCAGAUACUUGUGUAUCUAAAUAAAGAUUUAAUAUAACUAAU